CGAAGCUUCAAGAUGUUCAUGGUGUUCCCGGCUAUAGCCGCGGGAUUGGGAACAUGGCAGGUGUACAGAUAUCAGUGGAAGAAGGAUCUGAUACAGACUGCAAAGGAUAACGUUGAGAAGCCACCUGUGACAAUGAACACAAACAUUGUCAAUGGCAGCAGUAGUGGUAGUAAGGUUGGUGCCAAUCAACUAGAGUUCAGAAGGGUCGAGUUGACAGGUACAUACACAAGUGGCAAUAGCAUUCAUCUUGGUCCAAGAACGAACGACAACAAUGUAGGCUACUACAUCAUCACGCCACUCAAGUUAGACGACAGCGAUACAAAGAUACUUGUCAACAGAGGUUGGGAUAUGAGCGAAGUUGUUGGACAACAUGUCAAGAUACAGGGAUUGAUUGGAAAGGCGAAGGAGGCAGGAAGUAUGUUCACACCGGACAAUGUACCUGCAAAGAAUCAGUGGUACUUUAUCGAUGCAAAGGAUAUGGCUGCAACAGUGGAUGCAUCACCUGUCAUUGUCAACAUGUUGGAGGAGACGUUUGUAGAGUCCGCACCAAAGGCUGGACGUCCUGUUCCCUCCUCAGCACUGUCACUCAAACGCUUCGACACCAACAUCGAGAACAACUUCUACAACAAGCACAUGACCUACAUCUUCACGUGGUACGGACUGUCUGGCUGUCUAACCUUCAUCUACUACAAGUACAUGCGAGGCAAUAUACCCUUGGGUCGA